AUGGACGACCUCGCAAGCCUCCUGGACCGCAGCGACGCAGCCUUCGCCGACGACGUCUCGGCGGUCGUGCCUGUGGCCGACGAUGCGUCCUUGACGAGCGCGCUCGGCACGACUAAGAAGCGUCAGCGCACGUGCAUGAAGGACGAGCUCGCGUAUCAGCGUACCAAGCACGCGGCGCUGGCCGCCGAGCUCGCGCUCUUGCAGGCGACGACCGACGUGUCGAUCUGGAAAGGCCGCGCGUUUGGCCAAGUACGCGCGGCGCAGCAAGCCCGGAACGAGAACAUGCGGCUACGCACGAGCCUCGCGAGCCAGCUCAAGGUCCUUGACGCGCUGCAAAAGCUCUUUCUCAAGCAGCCAAGUCUGUGCCAGCUGCAGUCGAUCGAGCACUGGAAGAUCCCGGCGCUUGGGAUCGAGCGACGAAAAGAGACACUGGAGGCGCUGCUACUGCACCAGUACGAGCAGCUGCCGUCGCAGUGGGUGCGGCACGGGCUGCACGCGCACGAAGCCAACGACGACGGCGUCUUGGAGACGCGCGUGCACACGGACGAUGGCCCACUGCGCCUCGACAUUCUCAAGUGCGACUCGUGGCCCGUGGCGUUCAUGCAGCUCGCGCAUAUCGUGUGGCAGCUGCUCGUCGACCGCACAGACAUUGACGUCACCAUGUCGCUUCAGAAAACGGCGGUCGAAAUCUUCUCCGACAAGAUGGUCUAUGCGCAGUAUAUCGGCUCGUGCACGCCGCCGGCACCGUAUCCUCGGCUGCCGCCCGUGGAGAGCCGCAUUGCGUGCCGGCGGUAUGACGAAGCGACGCGCGUGGUCAUUGUGUGGCGCUCGAUUCUGGACGAUGCGCUCUUUCCCAUGCCGACGCACCACCUCAAGGGCGACGAGUGUGGAUGGGUUGUCGUCCAGCAGACAGACGCAAACCAUGCACGGCUCUUGUCGUACUCGACGACCAAGCCACCGCUCGUCCCCAAGGCCCAAGAUAGUACGUCGUCGGUCGUACGCGCACCUGGCAUGCUCACCGAGUCGCUCCUGCGCCAAGUCCACGCCAGCUGCGACGCGGUGGACUUGACAAUUCAGCGCGGCCUCGCGUUGGCAGCGUUACCGACGGCAGCUGCUUGA